AUGGCAGAACCAUUGCACGAUUCUUCGUCUAAUUCAUCCGACGGUGUAGCUCAAGCGAUCAUGGACGAGAUAGAGUUGCACAAACAAUUGAUGUCUCACAUCUACUCCCAACGGGCGCCGGAGUCGGAACAUGUUAAACGUCCCCGGUCUUACGUCCACCGUGAUCGUGAGAAUGUUCAUUUACGUCUUAUGCAAGACUACUUCAACGACAAUCCAACGUACGGGCCUACAUUUUUCCGACGUCGUUUUCGAAUGCAGAAGGAGUUGUUCUUGCGCAUCGUCGAAGCUAUUCAAGGUGUCGAUAGUUACUUUCAGAUGAGCAGUGAUGCCAUAGGUCGGGAUUCUCUCACGCCUUUGCAGAAAUGCACGGCGGCUAUCCGCCAAUUAGUCACCGGCCUCAGUGCGGAUACUUUCGACGAGUAUCUCAAUUUCGUUUAA